AUGUACACAUAAGCUGACACGACUGAUCAGAAUGUCCAUGUCAGAGGAAAAGAAGCUGCUUAGAAAAGAAGUUGAAAAAUUGCUAAGAGAUUACAUUGGCAUCAGACUUCGAGAAAAUGAGUUUGACCCAAAAGGAGAAAAGAAGUUAACUGUAAUUGAUGAGAUGGCUCACUAUGAUCUGGCUGUUAAUGUCGCUUUGCAGUGGUCUGAGGAAGCAGAAGGUGUCGACUCCAGCAGAACUGAGAGGCCAUCUACCCCCAGCACAUACCCAAACAAAAUGGAAAGAGAAGCAAUGAUUCUGUCAUCCUUUGCUGGAAUAUUGAUGAAUAGCGCACCUCUAUGUGACAUUUUGGCUCUGUACUACAGAAAACCUUCCAUUGUACCACUACGUCAUCCAGCUAAGGGUCAUUUACCGGUCCCAUUCAGUCUUUCCUUCCAUCCAUUUGCAAUGCUGACUGCACCACAUGCUGCUGAACUUGCCAGAAAACAGUGUUUAAAGUUGCUGAAAUCAAAGAAAGGAAUGCAGAAAUGCAGCAAUCUGACAAGAACCUUUUCGAGUACAUCUAGUACUGUAUCAUCAACAGCAAAUGAGAAUUCAGCAGAACAUGAAUCACAAGAUGAACAGAACAGCACAGACAAAGAUAAAGAUGUCAUGUCUGAAGCUGUCUACAAGGACCAGGCUACCUGGGAUGCUGACAAUAGAGUCACUGAUGAUAUCAACAGGGAAGACGUUUCUCCAGAUACCAAGAAGGCCGAAUUCUCUCAGGAUACUAAAGAGGAUGAAAUUUUUCUGGAUACUGAUCAGGCAAUAUUCUCUCAAGAUAUUGAAAACGAAGGAGCAGACAAAACAGAAGAUGAACUGCUGGAAACAGACACUGAUAGCUAAAUUUAUCAGUAGUCAGUCUAUAGCCCUUAUAUCAGCACUGCCUAAUGGGAAAAGUAGGUCCUCAGGGAAGAGCGGCUUAAUAGAAGUGUAUUUUUUUAUCUUGGUGAACGAUUACUUUGAGUCUGCAAAGUCAAACAUACAAAUGAUGCACACAAGUUUCUCUGGAGACUGAUAUGACAUUACAAGUGAUUUUCCUAAGUGUGCUAGUCUUUCUCCUCUGCGGGAAGUUUGUUACCUGCACAUCCCCUUUCCCCUGAUAAUGGAUUUCUUCAAUUUCUGUUUCAGACCAUUGACUACACUGGCACUGAACAUGUCUGGGGUUUACGCUUAUGAUCAGCUUAUUGCUAGAUUGUAUUAGUACUGCAUACUCUACAAUGAAAAGAAUAAAUAGUGCAAGUUUA